CAUCCUUCCUCCCGGCAUCACCAGGAUGAGACGGUCGGCCGCCGCCACUCCUCCCGCCACCGAAUGCCCGCUUCCCCGUUCCCGAUCUCCACCCGCUGUCCCCACACGGUGACCCCGUAGCCGGUGAUGCGAGGAGCAUGUCUUCCUGGAAACCGAUGCCUUGGCCGAGGCCCGCUAGCCUUGAUCGUGAUAGGUGCCCUCGCCCUGGGCGAACUGAUCGGCCUGCUGGUGAUCAACCGGAUCGACCCUUCCCCGGCGCCCGGGUCUUCCCCUCCGUCUUCUCCGCAGCAACGACGCGUUGACUCCGCGGUCCCCGUGGACGAGGAGGUGACGCCUGCCGGAGGCGCGCGCGGCGUUCACAUACUGGACCUGCUCGCGCGGCGCACCCCUUUCAAGUUCGACGAAGACGCGAUCGAACUGGACGCUAGCCGAAAGUACAAAAUCGCGCGCUCCUUCCUCUCUCCCGAUGCGGAGUUCGGCUCACCGGACGCUGGCGAAGUGUGCCUCGCCACCCAGAGCUCGCUCGAUCGCCUCCACACGCUCGUUGAACUUGCCCAGCUGUGGAACGGACCCUUGUCGCUGGCCGUGUUCGUUGCGAACGCGGCGCAGUUCCAAGCGCUGCGCGCCUACCUCGCCCUGCUGCGCUCCUGCUCGGAGCCCGUGCGAGCCAACGUGCGCGUGGACCUCGUCUUCCCGGUCGGCGUCAACGUGACGCGCGCCGUCCCCUGGUCGACCCGCGGCGGUGGCGGCGGCCCCGAAUUCUCGUGCUCCAACCACGCCUCGUUGCUGCGCACGCUGCACACUUCGGGAGGCGCCCGCGUGGUCCGCGGCAACGUCAAGCAGAUGCUCUACCCCCAGAACCACUUGCGCAACGUGGCCCGGGACGGCUGCUCGCCGCAGAAGCACUUCUUCGUUGUCGACAUCGACGUGAUGCCCAAGCCGGGCCUGUGGGACGAGCUGUCCGAUUUCUUGGCGUCGGCCAACAGUGGCCGCCGGCUACCGUGCGCCAAGUGCGUGUUUGUGGUGCCCACGUACGAGGCGCGCGAGAUGGCGCCCGUGCCGAGGACCAAGCGCGAGCUGCUCGCCAUGGUGCGUCGCAGGGAAGCCCGGCCCUUCCACGAGAAGUCCUUCGUCUUCAACCAGUAUGCCACCAACCACGCCGCCUGGGAGGCCCUGCCGCACUCCGAGGACGGCCUGCACGCCGCAUACAGGGUGCAGCGCUACGAGUUCUUCUACGAGCCAUUCUACGUGGCCGGCAAGGAGGUGCCCCGGUACGACGAGAGGUUCGUCGGAUACGGGUUCACGCGCAACACGCAGGUGUACGAGACGCACGCAGCUGGCUUCGAGUUCUGGGUGCUGGACGAGGCGUUCGCCCUCCACCGGGGCAUGCAGAACCACCGAGCUAAGGGUUACUGGCGCGAGCGUCAGAACACGCUCAACCAGCGCAAGCUGGCGGGCUUCAAGCGGGACGUGAAGAGAAAGUACCUCGUCACCGCUGCCAAGACGACGCUCCCUCCGGCCACCAAACCGCCGUUGCUGUGACCAACUUUUGUGCUUUUUGCUUUCGUUUCGACACAGUGUAGGGUGUCCUUUCACACCGGCCGAGCGGCGAGUGUAUAUGUUGGACUGACGAGCAGUUGUCAGGCAUUGCUUAUUAGAAAAGCCCUGUGAAGUGUCUGAAAGAUACGCGGUUGCAACGAAAGGAUAAGAGAUCACGUUCCUGGGUACGUACGUAUCCCUUUAUAAUACAGCUUGCAGUUAACCGCGAACAAUCUACCUUCGGCAUACAGGGAUCUAGAUUAAAGGAUAACGUUAUAACUGUACAGUUAGCGGUGAACGAGCAACCUUAGGGAUUCAGAGCUCCUGUAUUCCGAUGGUUCCUCGUCCACUGGUGACGCAUUACCCGGGCCCGCGACUGUGUGAAAGGUCACGGCCCGAGCCCGCCAGAGGAACUCGUUGCACAUGCCUUAAAAGAUGUCAUUGCCUAGGUGGCGUGUCCACAGAAAUUACAGUUGGGCAAACUGCGCCCACUGACAUUAACACAUCGGGAAAAAAAAUUUUUUUUUUUUUUUGCCGUAAGCUCGCGUACAGCCAACAUGAAAAGGCCGACACGAGUUAAGGCUAUAGAAUCAAGUUUUCUCAAAAUGUAUCUUACUUUAAACUAAAUGCGCAUUUGAUUUUAUGGGAACAUAGGAACCUAUAUAGAAAAUAUGUAUUCACUUUGGUCCGGACACGAAGCUUUGACUUCGCGCUUGAGCCCCUAGCACGGUGUUGUAACAAUAUGCGAAGGUGACAUGGCGCGACGCGCCACAGCGAACAGUACAGAGCUCUAGCAGAUACGCAGGGCGAGUCACAACGGUGCGAUGAAAAACGCCAGCAGCGGCGCUACAGCGAACUGUCAACGUUUGUCAGCACUAAGCUUACCUGACGUUUGUUGUCAUUCUCGCUCAAAGAAGUGUGUGCACAACGGUGUCCGGUGCAGUGGGCACACAACCGCUCAACAGAAACGCUGUCUGUGCGGACGACUUCAAUGCCAGCAGUACAGAAGUCAAAACACUGCUCUGUCACCGGCAGAAUUUAGCGGAGCGUGAAGGUGAUACAUAUUUGUUACCCAGUGCGAAAUAAGAUUAAGUCCAUGCUAGCUCGGUCUCGUAGUUUGUGAGAGGGUGACUAGGUGCUACCUGGAUUCGACGUUUUUGCAGCUAAACGCAUUUCGCGUAUCUCCAUCCUACUCGCAUGGGCAUGCACGUCAAUACAAUGACAGCACGGCGACGGCGGCGCACAUGAGCCUUAGGUGCUCUACUUGGUGCCGCAAUAAUAUGACACUUGUAAAGAGUUCUUACAGGAGCAAAGAGCUUAAAAUUAUAUUAGGUGCAAAGGCAACUGAAAGUUCAAGCACAUAUGUUCUAACUUGAAUACGAAGUUAAUGAACGUCGGAAAUGCGCUGCCAAGCCAACCCUGACGAACCCAUGACUAAGCACUGCUCGUGCAUAGAUUCUGUUUUUAUUAAGAGCUACUGCGUGUUCUCGAAGGCCCGAUAUAGACUCAUUUGCGAACACGUCUUCAAGCCCGCCUGACCCAAGCCCGAGAGCUCGGGUUCGUUCAGGGCUCUAAUCCUGAAUCGCCAUUGCACUUGUUUCAACAGUGUUUUGUCUUCCACUAUAAACAAGGACAAAAUAUUAUACUAUAUUAUACGGCAUCGAUGGUUCAAAGACCAUAUUACCGUCACGCUGCACAUGUUUCCACAUUUCACGUGGUGCAGUGCAGUACUCCUAUCUUCCUUAUACAGUUUGACGAUUAACAGUAAGCGUUACCGUGGGUACUGCAUGCAUCCGUAUGAAACGCCCCACGUAUCUGUAUCGCGAUUCGUAUUACGCGCUUGUGACAGCGCAAUACUGGCGCGUAAUUCUAAAACGAAUGCUUCACUAUGGCAGCUGUUUAAAAUCUCGAAUCAGAAAUAAAAUCCGAUACUUAUAUUUAACCAAUCACUAGUUGUUGAACUAUGUGGUUCAUGCACAUCAUGUUCGUUUGUGUGCCGUAAAGCAACGCAUAAUUCCAGUGAAGGCUUUCGCCGUCUUUUAUAUAUUACUUGCUUUCAAUGUGAUCCUCGCUGUUUGCCGAGUAAGACAAGAAACAAUCGUUGAACCUUCUCUGUCUACGUAGUACUUAUGUAGCUGAAGGCAAUAUCGAGCCUGCUUAUGCCAACCUAAGGUAUUUUGAAUGUUGACCUGUACAAACACUCGUUUGAGGAUAAAAUGACGUUGGGCGCGCAUGCCAUUCGGCGGCACUGUCGAUAUAUCGAGCCAAUCGCUCGCCGCGACCCCGCAAGGUACGCGUUUUCUUGGCGCAACCGUGAACUACAUUUUGUUCGUAAUAGUGUAGACCCACGCGAUCGACUGAAGACCAUUUUUCUUGCGGGGAGAAUUGAGACAGAGGCACUCGGCAAUCCGCCACAAUGACAACGUCAUGUUAACAGCUGGUACGCCUCGCUGCUAUAUAUACCGUUGGUGAGUGAAACAUUAAACCAGAGUUUAAACAAACAAAACGGAACAAGCUCAAAUUCGGAUCGGCCAGCCCUCGGGUGCUGAAUUGAACGUGUCUCGAGCAACGAUAAGGUUGAUCAGCGAGUACCAGCUGAUUAGUUAAUUGGAUAUGGUCAGUUACAAAAGCUGCCGCUAUAGUAAUGUAUUAUAACUGAAAAGGAACUUUAUAUAUUUGUGUUAAAAUAGCCUUUUUCCCAUUUAUUGAAUUUGGUACACUGGCUCCAUGCAUGGAGUUCUGCUUCUCGAGAAACCAUCAUGACUUCGAAAGUUUUGUACGCGAUGUAUGUAGAUACUGCGAUAAGCUUGGGCGAACGCUUCAACCUCAUGUUACAUUGAAUGUGGCAUAUGCUGACUCAGAUGUCGGUGUUCGUAUGUAAGCAGCUCUCAACUAUCCCUAAACGAUUGAGAAUCGAAGCGGUCUAGUGGCGAGGGCUUUAUUGUGACGUCACUGCAGCGUCACCGCAUUGAUUGAACGGGCAUCUGCGUAGAUUCGAUAGAGCGAGCGUAUACGCAGAAGAAGCCAUGUAACGUGGUGAGCACGGACACACCACUUUGGUAGCUUUUAUUUCCUACAUCGUCUUGCGGCGUCUGCGUUCGUGUGCUGCUUCUCCUGCAUCGACAAGUGGUGGCCUUCCUUUGGCGGAACAAAUCGUGUACAUUCCUAUAGUCACUAUGGCAGGGCUCAUUUAUCGCGCGCAGCGUUCAACACUUUUCUUCUGACUCCAUUCCGCUUCCACGAUUGUUUCAUACUAAACUCUUUAUUUAUUUAUAUUUACUGUUUCUUCUUAAUUCCUCGGGAGAAACUAGAGCUUCCGAUUCAGCGUGCUUUUGCAAUGGCCAGAAUGGUUAUUUCUGCACGUUGAGUAAUAUCUGCAAGUCAGCGUUCAUUUGCUUGUUGUCAAGGCUCCCUCGCUUUCUGCGCGUGUUGCAUACACCGUGAAGAGAGUUCAAACAUGUCAUAUCGUAAUCUUGCUACGCAAUAUAUUGCAACAAAAUAUUGACAACGAAAGCCAGAACGUUCAUCAAAAAAAAAAAAAGAUAAAUAACCGCACGUAAGUGCGGGUGGCCGAAGCUUGCGCCGCUUGUAGUACUCUCCGAUUCUAUGUGUAUGAUAGCUCUUAGCAGAUACGGUCCGUGUUUGCCAUUCGGAUCUAUAAAUAUAUUUGUUCUUAUUUGCGUUCUGUAAUAAUUGCGGCGUCCUUGUCGGGCAUGCAUCUGCGCAAGCAUGUGCAGAGGUGUAUGAUCCGAGAAUCAUUAAAAACUGACGUGCCUUGCAGCUUGCCGACCACAUAAGUGUAGAAUAGAAAGCGUCUCGCCGCUUGUGAGCUCGGUAAUCCACGCAGCGCAAGUGCGAGGUAACGACAUAACUAACAUUGAUUGCAGUUAAAAGUACGGGUGAUGAGUCGAUGCUUGCCCAUACUAUUUUCGCGUACAGUCGAUUCACUCCUAGAGACGUCUGCCUUGCUAUGGCCAAACUGAAGACCCUUCCUUAUUGUAAUUCAAUCGCGCUCGAAUAAUAUGCGACGCCGAUUAUGCUUGUCACUGCAUCUUAGAUAACUUUAUCGAAUCACCGCUUAUUCAGGAUGUUCUCGUACCACUAGGGUUUCAUGAAUGGGCUCCUUGCGUACUUUCUGAUGCAUUUUAGUCGACAUAUAAAUGAAAUAAUUAACAAUAUCUCACUGUCAAAAUCCGCGAUGUUGUAAGGAACUGGCGAUGGACUAAAUUUCACUCUGUCAUCGCAUUUCGUAUUUACGUCAUUACUUGCUUACCAAGCCUGCGCUUACAUCAUACUCGGUAAUGACGACUUUCUUGGUCAUGCGGAAAAAUUUUCAGCCUCUGAUUCUGCGUUAAACAAACAUUUCUGUUUUGUAUGCAAUGGAUACAGAAAUGUCCCGCUCCGUGGAACACCUCACGGCUGGGAGCUUGACCUCGUAACCAUCCGGUAGUCGAUUACAAUAAACAAACGCAUAUAAUAAACCUGCCGUAUAUACAAUAAAGGUAUUAUGCAAGGCAGGGCAUUACGCUCCAAGGCGAGAGUUUCCGAGUACCUCCUGGCAGCGGCUAUUGCGCAGGAUGCACUGCGCAUAUCAUGUGGUGGCAGCCAAAUAUUACAAAUUUGAUUGCUUGUGUCUCUGUCGCCUACGAAAUGGAAGCAUAAAUAAGAAGAUUCGCUUGCUUUAUUCGUGCAUGGUGCUCUGAUUGUCUCGUGCUUUGACGGCGUAGGUUUCUAUGAAGAAAAUUGGCCGGACGUGCCUCGUUGCAUGACCUUUUUCUUCUACUUUGUAGGAAUGAAGUUGAAAUGUCGAAAGGGGGCUGGAUUGUUGCUUGUUUCUUUGUCGAACUGUGCGCAUGCGCUCUCGCAAAUUGUUGCUCUUUGAAACGGUACAUAUGAAAAUGAAGCUUGCAGCGCUUGUGUAAUUACAACAAAAUAAAAAGAAAACAUACAAAACAGGCUGAAUAUACUAAUGUAUCGAAUGCUUCAUAGGUGAAAUAAAAAUGUUAUUUGUUU